UGCGCGUCCAGCGCGAACAGAAAAGUGAAGAAGUGAAGUGGCUGAUGACCGCAUGUAACACCGUUCAUUAGCUGCUAGUUUCAGAGUGGGCUGACUGCAGCGCAGCAAGCUGUUCCCAUGAAGCGUAUGUUUGAGCUAUUGCUCUACGGGAUGGUCCAGCACACAGUCAGGGCCGAUUGUCCGGAGGACUGUCCAGCACGAUGCCCCCAGCAGCUUGAGGUGCAAUCCGACUUUGUCAAGACGCAGUUUGACAUCAAGCAGUUCUGGGGUGUGUACUACGAGAUCGCCUAUCACGACAGCACGCAGCCACGGCGCUGGCCGAUUCGCGCGUCCUGCCAGCGUUCGGUGAAGUCUCAGCAUCCUGGAGAUCCAAAGAACUACAAGGACUUGUUCUCGCUGAAUGUGGGCUUUGGACGCGGUGUCAAUGCUGUGUGCGAUUUGGAGUUCAACCUCACGGACCAUCCGGGCGUCUUUCUGGGCCACUGGUCAGGCCACUCGAUCUUCAACCCCAACUUGACCGACAUCCACAACACCGUGGUUGAUGUUGGAGUGGCUGCCAAUGGAACCUACAACUGGACUUUGGAGUUUCAGUGCAAGAACGCGGAGGAGUCCAAGGGCAUUCGCUUUGCUGCCGUGAACUUCUACCAUCGAAAACCACAGAUCGACGCGGAAGAGUUCCAGCUCAUGAUGAGCCGGUUGCGCGCGCGAGGCCUUGGCUGGGUGGUGGACGCGUCUCCUGGGCUGACCUUCGUAGAUCAACAGAAAUGCAUUGACCACGACUCCUAUCCAUCACUGACAGCCAAGCCUGCACUUUGCGGGCAAGGUGCUCUACAGGAGGUGAUGGUUUAGCCAAAGCACUCAGCAAGCGCCUCCAAUUGACCAACAUCAGCCAGGCCUUCCUCGUCUUGGGGCGUUGGGGCGAGUGUACAAAUCGAAUAGAAAGCAUUGAAAGCAUGUGGAUGAUUCAACCAGGGGCUCGUCUCACGGAGAACAUGCCCGGUCCCUCCAAACACACCCGACAUCGGGCGAAAGGAACCGGUCAUGAUUGUGAUGCAGUUGUCGAGCCCGGUCUCCG